UUGCUGGGUCUCUCCGUCUGUCGUCGAUCUCAGCCUGGGAUGGGCACUUCUCUGUCUAUCAUGGAUCAGCUUAAUGUUUAGCCCAAGAUACACACACACACACACACACACACACACACACACAUGCACACACACACACAAGGGAUUAAAAAGCCACAGGGAAACAUGCUGUCCGAGGAUGGAGGCGCGCGUAGUACAUGAGAGGAGAGCACAAGGUGGCGGCCACUCAGUGCACUAACAAGCUUUUCUUGGUGGCAGGACAUGUUGGACACAAUGACCCGGCAGAAUUUUCUGACAGGGUUUCCAUGUGUUCCCUCUCUGUGUUGGCUCGUCUCUACGUGUACGCGUUGCACGGCUGCCUCUGUGAAGUGACUUUCACUGCUGUGCUGGACUGGUGCAGCAUCCAGGACAGGAGGAUGAUGGGAUACAGCAGCCUGUGGGCGCUGCCUAUGUAUGCCACUGCAAUCUAUCUGAUGGAGAAUCUGAGAAGCUGGUUGCUGACUCAUCAUCAAGGACUCUCCGUGCGUCUGAUAACCUACACGCUUUUCAUCUACCUGUGGGAGUUCACCUGGGGGAGCGCGCUCAGGCUGCUGGGGGCUUGUCCUUGGGACUACUCGGGUUAUAAAUACAAUCUGGGAGGAGUGGUGACUUUGGAGUAUGCACUACCUUGGGCGCUUGCAGCCUUCUUAGCAGAGCAACAUGUGAUCAAAAAUACUCUGAGGAUAAGAAUGUGCAAGUGAAUGUUUAUUGCUACCAAUUGGGCUUCCAGCAGCUGCUAUCAGCAAUUAUUUUGGAACAAAGGACAUUAAAGCAAAUUUAUGAUCCCCCCCACUGUUUUUAUAUGCAAUUAUGUUCGACUCCUUUUCCAUGUAUAAUCGGUUUUUCAAUCUAUUUUUUGUUUUUAUUGAAUCAGAUUUUUUUUCUAUUCAGAUUUGAGAUAUUACAUCUCAUCAAAAAUGGCUGCAGCAUUUUUAUCCAAUGUGCAAGAAGACAAUGUGACUUUAUUGCGAAAACGUUACAAGUAUGUAAAUUUCUCAUCAUCAAAUGGAAUUUUUUCAACAAUGCCAACAGCAAUUUAGUCAUUCACCACAGCCGUCGCCAAUAAGCAGGCCAAAGGGGUUCACAUAUUUCCAACCUGCACUCUGAAUUUGACAUGGUGUGUACAAUAAACACAUGAAAUAAUAUAACUA